AUGACCACCACAAGUACCUCACAACCUACCCUACAACCUGCAGUUUCGACAUCUAGAUUACCGCCAGAACUCAUGGAUCAAAUAGUUGAUGCUCUUUCCAAUGACGUCCACUCUCUCAGAACUUGCGCAUUGUCCUCUCGUCAAUUCGUCCACCGCAGCCGCUAUCACCUAUUCCGCGCCAUACACUUCAAUUUCAUCCCACCUAUGUCAUUCAAUCGCUGCGCAAUUUUCUCGGAAAAGUGCCAAAAUGCGGCACGACUUGUAAUGAGUCUUACCUUGAGCGAAAGUGCUUUCCGGUUCAUAGGCCCCUCUCAUAGAUGGGUCGCCUAUGAACCGCAGCUGCCUAUUGUCUUUAGAAUGAUGAAGAACUUGACGUCCUUGCAUUUUGUCUCGGUGGAACUAGUCGGCAUUAAUAUCAUCUGGCCUGAAGUUGAGGAAUUGGAAAUGAAUGACUGUUCUGUGACGAAUCUUGGCACCUUUCUCGGCGGGUUCCACAAAUUAAAGAAGCUAACGCUAUCCAACGUAAAAAUUGCUGAAGAGACAUCCUCAUCCUCUGAAGUUUCUCUCGACCUUGAAGAAUUAGUGAUUACCCAUGGCAGGACGCACUCAGACAUGAACACCAUCAAGUGCCUCCUCCCGCUCCUCCCUAUGCCACCUCGUAUUCGACGGCUUACUUACCCACUUUACUAUCCGGAGCAGAACAUCCUACAAUACGACAUUAUUCCUUAUACGCACCUGGAUGAGUUGUUUCUAGUGGGAGCCUCCGAACGAAGCAUACCCGUUCCGGAUAUCCAAAACGUUACCAGGCUUCGUUUGCUUGCGACCUCCCCCUGGCGGUGGUAUCCGGCGGAUACAUGCAAAGCAUGCGAUGAGCUAACAGAUUGGCUUGUACACCUGCUACACAAAGCCCAAGGCGGGUGCUUAAAGGAGCUCGAAUUCGAGUCCUACCUGAUUGGCACAUCUGGGAGUCCGGACAAGUGGGCAGAGCUCGAUAGAAUUCUAUCGAAGAUGGAAUUGAGCAAGGUUGACCUAGUGUUCAAUGUACCCCCGGAACAGUUGCAGACAGAAGGAGGGAAAUCCGAGUGGCCGUUCUGGAAAGAGGAAUUGAUGAUCAAAAGAGCUGUGUACUUUGAACAAGUUAAAAGGCAUGGGUGGUUGACAGUCUCCAGAGGAUACCGGAGUUAAGUGUAUAUGUUUG